CCUAUGAGAAUAUCCCAGGCCAGUCCAAGAUCACAUUCCUCUUACAAGCCAUCAGGAACACAACAGCUGCUGAGGAGGCGAGACAAAUGGCUGCUGUUCUCCUCCGGCGCCUUUUGUCCUCUGCAUUCGAUGAAGUCUACCCAGCUCUUCCCUCGGACGUGCAGACUGCCAUCAAGAGUGAACUGCUAGUGAUUAUCCAGAUGGAAACACAGUCCAGCAUGAGGAAGAAAAUUUGUGACAUUGCUGCAGAGCUGGCCAGGAAUUUAAUAGAUGAGGAUGGCAACAACCAGUGGCCUGAAGGUUUGAAGUUUCUUUUUGAUUCGGUCAGCUCUCAAAACAUGGGAUUGCGAGAAGCCGCGCUUCACAUAUUCUGGAACUUUCCUGGAAUUUUUGGAAACCAACAGCAGCACUAUUUAGAUGUCAUCAAAAGGAUGUUAGCUCAGUGUAUGCAAGAUCAGGAACAUCCAUCGAUCAGGACAUUAUCUGCGAGAGCCACAGCCGCAUUCAUCCUCGCAAAUGAGCAUAACGUUGCCCUGUUCAAACAUUUUGCAGACUUGUUACCUGGAUUCUUACAGGCUGUAAAUGACUCAUGCUACCAGAAUGAUGAUUCGGUCCUAAAAUCCCUCGUUGAAAUCGCCGAUACUGUUCCAAAGUACUUGCGUCCUCACUUGGAGGCAACUCUGCAGCUAAGUCUCAAGUUGUGUGGAGACACCAGCCUUAACAACAUGCAGCGCCAGCUUGCCCUGGAAGUGAUCGUGACCCUCUCUGAGACUGCCGCAGCCAUGUUAAGAAAGCAUACCAACAUCGUGGCGCAGACCAUUCCUCAGAUGUUAGCGAUGAUGGUUGAUCUGGAAGAGGACGAGGACUGGGCCAAUGCGGAUGAACUAGAAGAUGAUGAUUUUGAUAGCAAUGCCGUGGCUGGGGAGAGCGCUCUAGACCGCAUGGCCUGUGGACUCGGCGGGAAGCUCGUCCUGCCAAUGAUCAAGGAGCACAUCAUGCAGAUGCUUCAAAACCCUGACUGGAAAUACCGGCAUGCAGGAUUGAUGGCCUUAUCUGCCAUUGGCGAAGGAUGCCACCAGCAAAUGGAAGGAAUUCUGAAUGAGAUAGUCAAUUUUGUUUUGCUUUUCCUUCAGGAUCCUCAUCCAAGAGUAAGGUAUGCGGCCUGCAAUGCUGUGGGGCAGAUGGCUACCGAUUUUGCACCUAGUUUCCAGAAGAAAUUUCAUGAGAAGGUGAUUGCAGCCCUGCUGCAGACCAUGGAAGACCAAGGCAACCAGCGGGUGCAGGCCCAUGCUGCCGCCGCCCUCAUUAACUUCACUGAGGACUGCCCCAAGUCGCUGCUCAUCCCCUACCUGGAUAACUUGGUGAAGCAUCUGCAUUCCAUCAUGGUGCUGAAGCUUCAGGAGUUCAUGCAGGAUGCGUCCGACGUGAUGCAGCUGUUACUGAAGACCCAGACAGACUUCAAUGACAUGGAGGAUGAUGACCCACAGAUCUCUUACAUGAUCUCAGCCUGGGCAAGAAUGUGCAAAAUCCUUGGGAAAGAAUUUCAGCAGUACCUUCCGGUGGUUAUGGGGCCUUUAAUGAAAACAGCUUCAAUCAAGCCAGAAGUAGCCCUCUUAGACACCCAAGACAUGGAGAACAUGAGUGAUGACGACGGCUGGGAAUUUGUGAACCUUGGAGACCAACAGAGUUUUGGUAUUAAAACUGCAGGACUGGAAGAAAAAUCAACCGCUUGUCAGAUGUUGGUUUGCUAUGCUAAGGAAUUAAAGGAAGGUUUUGUGGAAUACACCGAACAGGUCGUCAAACUGAUGGUCCCUUUACUGAAAUUUUACUUUCAUGAUGGUGUCCGAGUGGCCGCUGCGGAGUCCAUGCCUCUUCUCCUGGAGUGUGCGAGAGUCCGGGGUCCUGAGUACCUCACGCAGAUGUGGCAUUUCAUGUGUGAUGCACUGAUCAAGGCCAUUGGCACGGAACCAGACUCGGAUGUCCUCUCGGAGAUCAUGCACUCAUUCGCAAAGUGCAUUGAAGUAAUGGGUGACGGGUGCCUUAAUAACGAACAUUUCGAGGAACUGGGAGGUAUAUUGAAAGCCAAACUUGAAGAACAUUUUAAAAAUCAAGAAUUGCGGCAAGUGAAAAGACAAGAUGAAGACUAUGAUGAGCAGGUUGAAGAAUCCCUGCAAGAUGAGGAUGAAAAUGAUGUUUAUAUACUGACCAAAGUGUCAGAUAUUUUACACUCAAUAUUCAGCAGCUACAAGGAAAAGGUGUUACCGUGGUUUGAGCAGCUGCUUCCUUUGAUUGUCAACCUAAUUUGUCCACACAGACCAUGGCCGGACAGACAGUGGGGGCUGUGCAUCUUCGAUGAUGUCAUAGAGCACUGUAGUCCAGCCUCAUUUAAGUAUGCAGAGUACUUCUUAAGGUCCAUGCUCCAGUACGUGUGUGACAACAGCCCAGAGGUCAGGCAGGCGGCUGCAUACGGCCUGGGAGUCAUGGCGCAGUUUGGCGGCGACAACUACCGCCCCUUCUGUACAGAAGCUCUUCCACUGCUUGUUAGAGUUAUUCAGUCUGGAGAUUCUAAGACCAAAGAAAACGUCAAUGCUACGGAGAACUGCAUCUCAGCAGUAGGGAAAAUCAUGAAGUUCAAGCCUGACUGCGUAAAUGUGGAGGAGAUCCUGCCACACUGGCUGUCGUGGCUUCCGCUCCACGAAGACAAAGAAGAAGCAGUUCAGACUUUUAGCUAUCUCUGUGACCUGAUUGAAAGCAAUCACCCAAUUGUUCUUGGCCCAAACAAUACCAAUCUGCCCAAAAUAUUCAGUAUAAUUGCAGAAGGAGAAAUGCAUGAGGCCAUUAAACAUGAAGACCCAUGUGCCAAACGUUUGGCUAAUGUCGUUCGCCAGGUACAGACUUCUGGAGGACUGUGGACUGAAUGCCUCUCUCAGCUCAGUCCCGAGCAGCGGGCGGCCAUACAUGAGCUCCUGAACUCCGCUUGAAGGCCUUAAUAUCACCCACCAGAAAACUAACUCCAAAUAAACGUUUACCCUUUUGUUUA